AUGAGAGGGAGAUUCUCGAGGGACGGGCCUGUAGGUGGGCUGCUCCUGACAGCCUUGGAAAGCAACAGUGUCUUUGACAGACCCUCGGGGGAAGGGUCGGAAAAGGGCAAACUGCACUUCGCCAGAGAAGAGAGAGAGAAGCCGUUGGGAAUAGAGAGGAGGAGAGGGAGGUUGGAAGGGAGAGGAAUGACAGCUGGGGGUAGGUCACUAAUCCACCCCGUCCCUCCCCCCUCGUCAGGGUUCGGAGCCUCGCCUGUUAAUUCUCUGAUCUCAGCCGAAAUCAAAUUUGCAUUUGGCCUCUCCCGAGUCCUGAGGGAAAUAGAAUAUUAG